GCUGCCUACAACGACAGUUUUCAUGUGUUUUCGAGUGCGAUUUCAAUAAUUUUCCUCGAAGUUGUGUUCAAAAUUUAUUAUUGCCGUUGCUUUCUUUUGGACGUAUAGGAUAGAAAAUAUAAACUAUAAAUACUACCAGUUCAAUUCGUAGAUAAUUUGACCGUCCUCAUUACAUUCGUGCUAAUGGAUGAUUCUGUGAUUUCCCCAGGGAAUAAAAUAGAUAAUUCAGCAUCGGAGAGCGAUUCCAGUUCUCUCGAUGGCGGGGCGAUGUUACCUCCUACCACGGUUUCUCGUGAUCAGUUACAAAAAAGAAUUGAAUCUCUUCAACAGCAAAACAGGGUCUUAAAAGUAGAGUUGGAUACAUAUAAGCUCAGAGUGAAGGCCCUGCAGGAGGAAAAUCGGGCACUGAGACAAGCUUCUGUAUCAAUACAAGCAAAGGCUGAACAAGAGGAAGAAUAUAUUUCUAACACAUUACUGAAAAAAAUUCAAGCCUUGAAGAAGGAAAAGGAAACAUUAGCACACCACUAUGAAAGGGAAGAGGAGUGUCUCACAAAUGAUCUGUCCAGAAAAUUAAUUCAGCUACGUCAGGAAAAAUGUCGCCUCGAACAGACGCUGGAGCAAGAGCAGGAAUGCCUAGUAAACAAACUCAUGCGUAAGAUUGAGAAGCUUGAAGCUGAGACUCUUGCUAAGCAGACUAAUUUGGAAAGGCUCCGCAGGGAAAAGGUGGAAUUGGAAAACACAUUGGAGCAAGAGCAGGAGGCGCUUGUGAACAGGCUGUGGAAACGCAUGGACAAACUAGAGGCUGAAAAACGAUCUCUGCAGAUACGCCUCGACCAGCCAGUCUCUGAUCCCGCUAGUCCAAGAGACAUUAGCAACGGUGAUACUGCGUCGAAUCUUAGCAAUCAUAUUCAAACAUUACGUUCGGAGGUUGUCAAAUUAAGGAAUCAAUUAGCCGUGUCUCAAAAUGAAAACAAAGAAAAGAUGCAUCGUUUUGCCUUAGAGGAGAAACACAUUCGAGAGGAAAAUGUUCGCUUACAACGAAAACUUCAGCAGGAGGUUGAACGCCGCGAAGCGCUAUGCCGGCAUCUUUCCGAGAGCGAAUCUUCAUUGGAAAUGGAGGAAGAGCGACAAUUUAACGAAGCGUUAAGUGCUCGUUCCCGUAGCGUGUCGUCCCCAGGCGGGUCGCGUCCACUCUCGCCGUACACGUCACCACUGUUGCCCGGCGCCGGUCACAGGCCUGUCAUGCAUCUCAACUCACAGCGCCGACCCAACGAGCGCUUCGUGAAGCCGGCGCCGCCGUCGCUCGGGCUGGCGCGCCUGGAGGCGCUGGCGCCGCCGGCGCUGCCGCUGCCGCCGCUGGCGCCGCCGCCCGCGCCCGCCGCGCCGCUCGCGCCCGAGCUCGCCGAGCCCGCCCUGCAACCGGCCAGCCCUAUGGACACCUCGUCGAAAGACUAGCCGGUCUAAACGAGCCGAUCGUUUGGUAGGUUUUCGACCUUAUUUUACCCAUGUGAUAAUUAAUCUGAGUGAUCUGCGUUUUCAAAGAGUUGUGAAAUGUUUGGGGUUUUGUGAUGCUAUCCGAUCUAGAGGUACCGCGUUGUCGGUUGUUCAUAAAAUUUGAAGCUAUUAUAGAAUUAUUGACGACCGACGACACGACCCUUUUAAUUGAAAAUGACACCUGUAAUGUCUACGUAGAUUGACCCUUUCUACUCUAACUGAUAUGAUCGUGAGAGGAGAUUACACAUGUCGAUACUAUUCAUUAUUAUGCUAGGAAAUCUCAACAUUCCUGGUUCGCAUGCGUCACUUUAGAAAUAAAAAUAUUUAGUUAUGUACUAAUAGACACUUUGGCCGUCAUUGUCAAUUUGAUUCGUUUCGAGCUUCAAGCGACAUACGAUUAAAAUUAUGCUUUUAAUUAUAAAUAAUUGCAAAUUUUAUUGCGGUAUUGCCACAUUCAUGUUAGGUACGUAUGCUACUGUCACUUCGUACAAGGCUUUUGUUACACAAUACAUAUUGCCAUAUAGAGCCAAACACCGACAUCAUGCAUCAUUAUUCCAAUAUUAAACUACACAUAUCUUUCACUUAUUCACCGUUUAAGGAUAACAAAAUAAUAUCCCUAACGUGAGUUAAAAUAAGGUCGAAAAUCAAUACAACAAACCAAUUGAAAUCGGUUCUUGUCAGCUAAUCGUACCGUACGUCCUAUAAGCACGUAAAUGUGCAACAUGAAUCGCUCUAGAUUGUUGAAGUCUAAACUGCGUCGAAGCUAAAAUGCCAAUUGUGUAUGCCAUAAAGUUAAACUCUAUCACUUCCAUAUCAGUGUGGCAGAGAGACAGUGUUUCGUUUGUCAUUGCUUAGAUGAUUGGCAUUUUGGUUAGGCGGAUAGAUGAUUCGAUAGUCUGUCAGCGGAUCUAACGUUGUACUACAAGUUUCGAAAUGCACACCUAAUGACGCAAUUAGAUUACCAUCGUGAUCGUUUAAACUGUCCUGUCCGGAAGUAUAAUGCUCCGGUUAGUGAGCCUUUUAACCGCCGCAGUCUUAUACCGCGCGGCAAAUGUUCGAUGUGACACGUGCUUCGCCUGUGUGGACUCGGCUAAUGGCAGUCAAGCAGGUGUACAUUUCGAAAUUUGUAAACCUGUAAACAUGCAAAUAGAUAUUGUAGUUAGGUGGACGUUUCCGGCAGCUUGAUGGUUUGUAAGGUUGCUUUCGCACACUUCGGCGUCCGUUCCAGUGAAACUGGAUUUAUUUUUAGUCCAGUCCUCGUAUCCAGUGAAUUUUGAUAAUAAUUCCUCAAAGAAAAAGUAUAUAAAGUCGAGGAAUGUACAACAGUCCAACCCUUUAACACGUAGAAAAAAUAUAGAAGAAUUAUUAACAAAAUUGACGGACUCGAUGGUUUUCGAUUGUUAAAGUUUCCUCGCCUGGCUUGUAUAUUCGAGAUUGAAAUUAAUAUGUUCUGGUUUUUUUUAUGUUAUAAGAUAAUAUUUAAUCUUUAAAUAGUCGAUUAGAUUAGCUUAACACGAGAUGUUAUAAAAUUAUGAACAGGGUAUUCUCUGGGAGGUGUCGUCGAACAGUUCAUAAUUUCGAGUCACUUGACGCAAUCUUCUGCAGGUAUACUCUUGGGUCGUCUCGUUAGUUUUUCAUCACGUUCCUACAUUUGUCCGAUUCUGCUUUCGUCAGCCAUUCUACAUUUGUCAAGUUAGUCUGCAGUCAUUAUCGUCUUUGAACAUAAUGAGUUGUUGGCCUUUUUCUUAUUCCGACUCAAUCGUUUUUCGAUAUUUGGUCAUAUUCUAAGUUGGUACCGACCUAUACUAUAUGAAAAACACGAAAAACAUAGAUUUAAUAGCGAACAUGCCGAAAGAAGAAUAUGACGAGUAAAGAACGAGACGGAUUAACAUAAAGAUGAACAACAAAUUUGACCGUAGAUGAUAGACCAUCGACGAUCGUGACGAAUAAAGAAUGGCUGACGAAAGCAGAAUCGGACAAAUUUAGGAACGUGACGAAAAACGAACGAGACGAUCCAAGAGUAUACCUUUCUACACUGUAACUAAAUUUUCAUUCUAAUGUCAGUGUACUUUUGAGUUGGUCUGAAAAAAAAAGUAUCUAAGAGAUUGCUAACAUAUUUGAGGGUCUGAUAAAACGAAUAAGUUAAGUACCUACUAACUUCGAGGAAUACAAAAAAAAAACUUUGGAAAUUAUGACCAGGCUUUCUUAUUUAAAAUGCGCUCUAAACGUAUGCAAUUACAUUAACUUCGGCUAUCUAUUUGUAUAAUAACAUUUAUUUCGAGUUUAAAGAAAAUACUCCCUAAAUGAUAUCAACUGACGGGGCAGAGCCUUAAUACCUGGGACACCAAUUGAGUUUUAAGCUUGUUUUGAAACUUUAAAAAAUGAUUAUUUUCGUUUAUUUAUUUGAAAGGGAAUCGUAAUGCGGAAAUUAAUUAAUUUUUUGAUUUUGAAGUAUGAAAGUCUCUUGUAGGUUUCUAAGGUUUUCAUCCGUGCUUUUCUUAUAGUGUUACAGUGUAAUAAAGAAAAAUAGGAAGCACUGUUUAUAUGUUAUUUAAUGCCUAAAUUGCCUAAUUUAUGUUAUUACGGUAAAGUACGAAAUUCAUAAUUGGAGUUACAUCGAUAGUAACGAGUGAAAACUUAAACAAUGUUAUUGAUAGUGUAAAAGAUAAUUGAUCAUUUAUGUGAGCAGUCAUCAAUACAAUCGUGAGUCGAAUAAUAGUUAUUUGUGAUAACGCAUGCUGACGAAUGUAUCAUAAACGGGACUAUAAUCGUCUGCUGGCACCUUAUAUCGCUCAAGUAUAUUCUCUCGCGUUAGAAAGAUAAUGCCCAACGUUGACGAUAAACCUUACUAUUAAAGCUAGAUGCCAGUUUAUGGGCUCGGGACUAAGUGGCAAUUCGAGAAGCUUAUUACCUACUUCUACUGGUAGUCAAUAUGUGUCCGUGGCCGGCCAAACGUCCCAGUCGUUCCACUUUUUCGCUUACGAUAUGUUCGAAAUUUGCUUGUGUCUUUAGGCACUGGUUGGGAGUGUUGGGACCAGUACCUAAAGACACAAGCAAAGUACACAGCAGUCAGUACGGUCGGCCGCGAGCUUGAUAGGCAGUAAGGAGAACCUUGGAAUAAUACUUGACUAUGGAGCAUCUCUACACAAUACAUUCCUUUGAGAAGAAAGAGAGUUCGACAUUGGUGUCUCUUACAUAGAAGUCUACAACGAAAUUGUGUUUGACCUGGGGCCCAUUUCUCGAAACUACAAGUUACAAUUUACAAGCGGUAGUCAAUGUCUAAUAUGACAGGUUGGAAAGAGACUUCCGCUUGUCACUUGUAACUUUCAGUUUUGAGAAAUGGGCCCCUGCUCAAACCCUCAGAAAACCCCCUCCAAUUGCGAAAAGAUUCCAAGUUCGGAGUGAUGGUGGCCGGACUGACGCUGGUUCAAGAUAGACUGGCAUUUACGAAUAGGCUCCGCGUGAGGUCAUUCAAAUUACAAGUUUUAUUAGCUUUACCGAGCUUUAUGCAACAUUGUACGCAAACAAAUCUUUCAAAUCCGUUUUGUUUUACUUCUAGUAACUCGUUUGCCUUGGAACUUGUCAAGCGUAUGUAGUUACGAUGACAGAUAAAUACUGAUUGGAUAAUAAAACGUAUGUUAUGGUUAUACUUUAGCUAAAACUACUUUUAAAAAAUGCUCACAAGAGUAGUGACGUCAAAAUGUUGAUAAACCCCGAUAGGUUUAAUGGAAUGAUGAAUUUCGGACUUUAAAAAUCUUGGGUCGCUUGACGUGGUUUGUGUCCCCUGGAAUACGCCACUGAAUUCUCGGAUCAUGCGUUGAAUAUUGCUAUAUCGCUACCAAUCGCUACUGAUCAAUAACACAUAGUUACUGUCAUGGCAACGAUGUUGAGUUUUUAUUUAGGAAUUUGUAUCGUGACCAUAUUUUGUAAAAUACUGUGUUACAUAUUACGAUCAAGCGUACUUUCGACCGCCUUCUCCUACACGAAAUUAAAUCUGUGUUAACAUGUUUUGAUAAUAAUUAAUCGUGGGUAAAACGGAUUGGGAUAACUUUGUGAACGGGAUAAUGUCGCAAAUGAAUGAAUGAUGCCAUCCCAAUUUCAAUGAUAUUGUUUAUGUUUCUCGAAUUCAAUCGCUAUAAGUAUUUGAUUAGGAAUCGUUCUUGAAUACUUUUGAAAUUAUGGGCAGAAAGUUCUUCUAUAUUGGCUGUGUAAUAAAUUAACCUCAGAUAUUGUAGGGAAUUGAAAUGUAAGGUAUGUUCUCAUUAGACAUAAUUUUUGAGUUAUCGUCGCUCAGUAUAGAUAAGCCUUCGCGCGGCUGAAUAAACUAAAGGUCUAAUGUGGACGUGCCCUUAGGGUUUAGAGAUUGAUCAUUUUAAAGUCAAUUUUGAAUCUUAGCACGCAGGGAUAAGGUUUUUUUCUUGCAAUGAUACAUGUUCGAUGUACCUUUGCAUAUAUAUUGUAAUCCAUAAUUAUAUCACUCCGAGUUGAGCGCAUUGCCUCCAUGGUUAUAGUUUGUUAUGUUGUGUGUUAUAAAGUUCGAUAGACAUUUGAGUAGUGGGUGAAUCUCGGACGCAAUUCAAUUAUUUGCAUAUUUUCACUUAAAUAUAGUUUAUUUUUUUCAAUGUUAUGAUUAAAGAAACAAAAAUAAAUUCACUAAACUAAA